CUCCCUCCCGGUGAUGAGAAUGUAUCUUUCUUUAGCUAGUACGCUAAUUAAUCAAAUGAGUUAAUAUUCUUGGGUUUCUCGUUCAACUUCAAACCCCUAUUAAGCUCUGCUUGUCUUUUCGAAUUAUUCAGGUUCGAUUUGUGAGAAAUGGCUGCUGGUUAUAAUGGAACUGAGGUACCCAUCCUACCAAACACUCUUCCGCAAUACUCAGAAGAUAAUGGCCAGCUACUGUUCGACACAUUUGUGUCCCAAAACCGAAAGGCAUCAGUUUCCAUUCCCAUGAGCUCUAUGGACUCGGACACGUCAUAUGAAGGGGAACAUAGACUUGAAGGUCAUACUGGUCCAUUAGGGAGCCAAAGCAAACCUCUUUUCGGACCUGUGAGUGGUCCAUUAUACACUAACGACAGGCCUGAUAGCAUUUUCCGGGCAGCUCAAGCUCUAACAGCAGGGCAAGAAGCGGUGGAACCUGCAGGAGAAACUUUUCCUUGUACCAAUGCAACAAACCAGAACGAAUGGACGGAUGAAAACUAUGCGGGUAAAAAUGAACACUUGCUGAGAUCUGGCCAGCUGGGGCUGUGCAAUGAUCCUUACUGCACAACUUGCCCAACAUACAAUCCCAAGGCUGCUCAUCGAAGGACUUCAGAGAUAUUUGAUUCCAAGUUUUAUAGUGCUCUGUAUGGGGAUGCCAAAGGCAGUGCAAGGAGUUUCUUCUCUUUUCUGCGUCCAUAUAUACCUGGAGUUAUGAACCCUCAUGCUAAAGUGGUGCAACAAUGGGAUACGUUUUUCGUCAUUUCUUGCAUAAUAUCAAUUUUUGUAGACCCACUGUUUUUCUUCCUGCUGCUCGUUGACCAGGAUAAGAACUGUAUAGUUCUUGAUUGGCCUUUGACGACAAGACUUGUGAUUUUCAGAAGCAUGACUGAUUUCAUAUACCUAAUGCACAUACUCCUUCAGUUUAGAUUGGCUUAUGUGGGUCCUGAGUCUAGGGGGGUUGGUGCUGGCGAUUUAGUUGACCAUCCGAAGAAAAUCGCUCUGAAUUACCUUCAAGGAUAUUUGCUACUAGACUUUUUUGCUGUAUUACCGCUGCCUCAGAUCAUAAUACUGUUAGUUCUACCAGACAACUUGGGAUUAAGAGCAAAUUAUGCAAAAAAUCUUUUACGUGCUUCAGUUCUUGUUCAGUAUAUUCCCAGGUUAUUUAGGUUUCUGCCUCUGCUCGCUGGUCAGACUCCAAGUGGCUUCAUAUUUGAGUCAGCGGGGGCAAAUUUUGUAAUAAAUAUUCUCAUUUUUGUGUUGGCUAGCCACAUUGUUGGAUCGUGCUGGUACCUCAUGGGGCUACAGAGGGUUAAUCAAUGUUUUCGAGAUGCCUGCGGUAUAUCUGGAAUUAAUGGGUGUCUGAGCUUCAUAGAUUGUGGGCGUGGAAAUGAAUUUGGAGAUUCUGGAGUAGAUAAUCCAUCACGUGAUAGCUGGAUAAACAAUGCGAAUGCUAGUGCGUGUUUAACUUCAAGUGGCUAUACUUACGGAGUUUACUACCAAACUGCCUCUCUUACAACACAAAAGAGUAUAGUCACUAGAUAUGUGUACGGAUUGUUUUGGGGAUUCCAGACACUCGGUACCGUGGCUGGAAAUCUAGUUCCGAGCUAUUUUGGUUGGGAAGUCCUUUUUAUAAUUGGCUGCAUUGCCCUAGGUGUCUUGGCUUUCGCUCUUCUAGUUGGAAAUAUGAAGAACUUGGUGCAGGCUCUUGACCGGAGACGGUUAGAAAUUUCCUUUAGACGUCGUGAUGUUGAGCAGUGGAUGAGGCAUAGACGCUUGCCAGAGGAACUUAGAAGGCGGGUGCGAGAAGCUGAGCGGUACACCUAUGCAGCAACCAGAGGAGUAAAUGAAGAAAUGCUUUUGGGAAUCCUGCCUGAAAACAUUCAGAUAAAUAUAAGACGCCAUCUCUUCAAGUUUAUUAAGAAAGUACGAAUUUUUUCCCUGAUGGAUGAACGCAUCUUAGAUUCCAUUUUUGGAAGACUAAGGCAAACGACAUACAUCAAGGAAAGUAAAGUUUUGUACCGUGGUGGUCUCAUCGAGAAGAUGGUUUUUAUAGUGAGGGGGAAAAUGGAGAGCAUUGGAGAAGAUGGGAUUAGAAUUCCGUUAUCUGAAGGAGAUGUUUGUGGUGAGGAACUUCUCACGUGGUGUCUUGAGCAUUCUUCGGUAAACAAAGAUGUUAAAAGGAUCAGGAUUCCUGGACAGCGGUUGCUUAGCAACAGGAUGGUAAGAUGCUUAACAAACGUUGAAGCAUUUUCACUCCGAGCAGCUGACAUUCAAGAAGUCACCAGUGUUUUCUCCAGAUUCUUGCGCAACCCGCGUGUUCAAGGAGCCAUAAGGUAUGAGUCACCUUACUGGAGAGGCCUUGCAGCAAGAUACAUUCAAGUAGCAUGGAGAUACAGGAAAAAAUGCCUACAGCAAGCAGACUCCUCUCAGUCUCAAUCUCACUCUCAAUCUCAAUCCCAAUCCCAAUUCAAUCAUGCACUGUUAUAAGCUAAUUAGUGAACUUAAUUUGUUCAUAUGUGCAACAAAAAUAAGUUUGUUUGAUUGGCCAGGACUGUUUCCUUAUCUCCAAAGGCACAAGGACUAAACCACUAGCGCUAAAACCAUAUUUAGUAUCAUCCACGUAUUUGUAUACAUAUAAAGAAAAUUUAAGGGUCUUUCUGAAUCAGGGCCCUGUGUAGUAGCACUUUUUGUACACUAAUAGGCCCGAAUCUUUGUGUAUUAAU